AAGCAUUCAUGUCAUACGUGAGAAGGCGCGGAGCAGACGCCGUUUGCUUUUGCUUUUUUUGUGUUGAAAUAUUUUUCAAAAGGGCCAAAAUCACAAUUUGAAUAUUUCGGGUCAUAAGCGGGCCGAUCUGCUAGGAAAUUGAAGGAUGGUUUCGGCUGAGACUGAGGGGCGAGCUAUUGGCAAUAAGCGAUCUAGAGGAGCCAGCCCCAAUAACGGACACUAUUCAGGGGAGAGUGAAGAAGACGAACGCGAAGGAGGAAAUGGAGGAAUGCGAGUUGGCAGAGAUUAUCAAGCUCAGAUCCCACUCCUAACACCAAUAGCUGAUCGAAAACCUGAUCAGUAUUCUGAACGAGCUCUUUUGGUCUGGUCUCCAACCAAUGAUAUACUAGAUGCAAAGUUGGAAGAUUAUAUAAGUGUGGCCAAAGAAAAAUAUGGAUACAACUCUGAACAAGCUUUGGGGAUGCUGUUUUGGCAUAAACAUGAUCUAGAAAAAGCUCUGAUUGACCUUUCCAAUUUUACUCCAUUUCCUGAUGAAUGGUCUGUUGAGGACAAAGUUCUCUUUGAACAAGCUUUUCAGUUCCAUGGCAAAAGCUUCCACAGAAUAAGACAAAUGCUACCAGACAAGUCAAUCGCCGCUUUAGUUCGUUAUUACUAUUCCUGGAAAAAAACCAGGGCACGUAGUAGUUUGAUGGAUCGUCAAGUGCGUCGGAUGGUUACCCAAAGAACUGGUGAAGAUUCCAACAGUGUUGAAGCUAUUGAACCCGUUGCAGCUGUUGCUGUUCCAAGUGAUAGCGACGAAGACCGGAAUGAGAACAAGGACGGAGAUUCUGCCAAAAGCCUAUGCCUAAACUGUGGCAUCCACUGUAGUCAACUUCAAGCUACUGCCAAAGGAGCUCUGUGUGCCACUUGUGCUAAUCAUCUCAAGCGUACGGGUGUGAUGCGUCCUACUACUGGACCUAUUCGUCGUGAUAAACCCGCAGGAUUAACUUCGUCAGGUCGCCACAAGCGGAAACCACCUAGGGGAAUGUAUUUAGAUCACGAAGAUUUAGUAACAUUCUGUGGUGAAUCGGAUGUACAAAGCGACGCCGUGCUCAAAGGAAUGGAUGGCGAGAUUGUUGCUCUUAAGCGAUUAGUGCAGAAAAACAAACAGAUACAGAGCGUUUUGACGAAACGAGUUGGCGACGGAUUGUCUUCUUGGAAGCCACCAGAUAACAGUGGUCGCAUCAACGCUCGCUGGACAAAUGAAGAACUCUUGAUUGCAGUCCAAGGAGUCCGUAAAUAUGGGAAAGAUUUUAAAGCCAUCGCUGAUGUCAUUGGCACCAAGAAUGAAGCCCACGUACGUCUAUUCUUCAUCUCUUAUCGUAAACGCUACAACCUCGAUGCUGUUCUGAAAGAGUAUGAAGACGAAAACGGUCCCAUCCCCGAAGAUGAAAAGAUGGAAUUGGAAAUGUCAUCGGGUAGCGAAUCAGUUACGCCAACAGGGCGUGGCUCCCCCGUCAUGUCCGGCUCAACUCCACAGAAGUCUAGCUCCAAAUCUGCCGCUGUCGCUCCAGCUGCCUCUAAAUAGUGAAAUUGCUACACGAGCAACAAUACGUUCUUUAAUCCUCAUCAAUCAGCUGUAACUGUCCGUAGUUUUCGAAGCCAUUGUCUUGUCGAUGGCUUUCAACAUUAAAAUUUUUUUCUUCAUUUUAGAAACCUAAA